GAAUAAAAUGAAGAUGGAGACAAACUGGGUGUGUCGUGAGGAGUCUGGACUCUCAACGACAAUCCGGUACCAAAUCCAUCCAUAGUCAUACCCAGAUAAAGAUGGAUACACGUGCUUAUUCCAUUGAUGCACACGUGACCUCGGAAGGUACCUGGUAGUGAGCCCAGAGAAGGGAGGAUUAUGGGACCUGUGGAGGUUCACAGUGUGGGGGGAUUUGGAGAGGGGAGUGAGGUUUUUGGAGGGUUCGGAGGAGGUGGAUGAGGAAGUGUUGUAUGGGUUAGCGAGUGAUAACAGAUGGGUCAUUGCGGUUUCGAUCGUAGUUCGCAAGAUCAUUGCUUUCUCUGCCAAACCCAUGGAGUAUUCGGGUUAUGUUGUGGACUUCAUCCUCAAUCUCCUCUCUCUCAAUGGGAACCUCCUUGGCUUGCUCUACAACAUUGUUCAUGGAAAGGUAGCAAUUCCGAAGAGAGGCACGGAGACUUUUAUCAGUACAAUCGGCCAAAUAGAUGGGCGGAUAGACCUAUACAGGGCCAAGUACUUGGUGGAAGAAGUGGGAGAUUCUGCAUAUGAGGAGAGAGAAAUGAAGGUAGAACCGGGUAGUAGAGCUCUAAUGGACUUGUGUAUCAUGGCAUCCAAGUUAGCAUAUGAGAAUGCCGAGGUUGUUGGAAAUGUAGUAAUUCAUCACUGGAAGAUGCAUUUUGUGGACUUCUACAACUGCUGGAAUGAUUAUCAAAAGGGGAACUGCACUCAAGUGUUCAUUCUAUGUGACAAGCCAAAAGAUGCCAGUUUGAUAUUGAUUAGCUUCAGGGGCACAGAGCCUUUUGAUGCUGAUGAUUGGAUUACUGAUUUUGAUUAUUCUUGGUACGAGAUUCCUAAAUUGGGAAAAGUCCACAUGGGAUUCCUAGAAGCCUUAGGUUUGGGCAACAGAGCCGAUGCUGUCUCCUUCAAAAAUCACCUACUGAUGAAGGACGCAAAAUUCACCCGAACAGAAGGUGCAGAAUCAGUAAUCUCAGAAACCAGUUCUAAUUCUGAACAGAAACAAAGUGCAUACUAUGCUGUAAGAAGUAAGCUCGAGAGUUUACUGAAGGAGCACAAGAAUGCCAAAUUUGUAGUCACUGGGCACAGUUUGGGUGGGGCGCUGGCCAUAUUGUUUCCAGUAAUUCUAUUGCUGCACGAGGAAAUGGAGAUCAUGCAAAAGUUGCUGGGUGUAUACACAUUCGGACAGCCAAGAGUUGGUGACAGGCAGCUGGGAAACUUUAUGCGAGCCCAUGUAAUGCAACCAGAGGCAAGGUAUUUUAGGGUGGUGUACUGCAAUGACUUGGUUCCCAGGUUACCUUACGACGACCAAACCUUCCUAUAUAAGCAUUUUGGGGCAUGCCUUUACUACAACAGCUGUUACAUUGAGCAAGGUCAAUUGCUAAGCUGGCUUCUUAUUGAUGUUUCAAUUGCACGUGUGAAGGAAGUGGAUGAGGAACCAGACCCGAAUUUCUUUGGGUUAAGAUACAUGAUUCCAGUGCAUCUAAAUGCGGCAUGGGAGUUAAUCAGAAGUUUAACAAUGGGAUACACACAUGGACCAGAGUACAAGGAGGGAUGGUUCUCCAUCUUAGUCAGGUUUGUGGGACUGGUCGUCCCCGGAAUUGCUGCUCAUUGCCCUACAGAUUAUGUCAACACCAUGAGGCUUGGGAAGAAGCGCGUUGUUCAAAUGUCCUCUUUCUGAGUAAUUUUCUGUGGUGAAUAAUGUUGCUGUUUAAGUGUCCUCUUUCUGAGCUAUUCUCUAGGGGAAUAAUAUCUGCAAUAAUGCAGAUCAAGGCUGCUGUAUUGAAGUUCAAAUGUCUUUUUUACUUCCAAGUGCAACUUGUGCUUAGAGAGUUCAUUAAGAUUUUUCUGGCUCCACAAUCUUGUUCUUCAUUUUAGAGUUUCUGGGUUUGAAGAUCCAGUUUGGUCAUUUUCUGUAGAAAUGUGUAAUAACAGUAUUGCUUGAAAAUUUGUUGUA